UUUGAUCUUACCUGUUCCUCUAUCCAGCCGCGCGCUGUCUUCCCGGCUUCUGUAAUGUGGGCGCUCGGCAUGACAGCUGGGUCCCAGUGCGCAUGAGCGAGAAGCACUUGCGCUUUGUGAUUGGUCCGGUGGCUUCUGGGAUCUGUCAUGUGUCCCAGGUACCACCUUACCAUUCACAAAAAGCACCGCUUCUUGCGCAUGCGCACUUGGCACCCGCUGUCAAGCCCAGCGCCCACACUACAGAAGUCGGGAAGACAGCGCACCGCUGGAUAGAGGAACAGGUAAGGUCCCGCUGCAGAGCUGAGCGGCCGGCCCGGUAUUCUGACACGGCGGCGGGUGGUGGAAAUACCGGACCGGGCGCUCCAUAUUCGCUCCAUAAGACGCACUGACAU